CAUUUGCAGACAGGGAUCCAAAAUGUAGAUACACUGUCCAUCUACCAGAAGCGUCAUGGCACACCGCAUAUAAUGUUUGUGCUUCAAGAAACGGGACACUAGCACAAAUUACAUCACUGACUGAAAUGUACUUUUUAGACCUAGUUCUGGAAGAGGUUGAUGAUUUGUUUGAAAUCAAUUCCGACUUGAGAAUCUCAGCAGAAGUGUGGAUUGGAGCUUUUUUGAGGUCUUCUAACAAUGAAAGUAUGUUAGAAAAUUGUGAUCAACUUGAUUCCCAAAUUCCGGUAAACAUAACACAAGUUAAUCCGGAUAAUAUGUUUUGCCUUUACUACAAUCGGCGCGAGGGGAUCCUUGUUACCGAAAACUGUUCUACAGCAAAAAUGUUUUUAUGCGAAAAAAAUAAUGAAGAUCUUGGAGAAUGCAUGCGAGAGUCAGCAACUUCAGCCAUAAAAGAAAAUGACAUAUUCAAGUUGUGCAAUACAUCAUUUUAUAAAAACAUAUUGAAUUUAGUACAUUGUGAAUCAAUUUGUUUAAUGCAUCCAAAUUGUUAUACAGUUAUAUACGAAAAUGAAACUAAAUAUUGUACACAGUUCUCAAUUAAGGACAAAGAUCUCGAAUACUGUUUUACUAUGGGACGAUAUCCUCCCUCAACACUUAGACACAAAAGUUUAUUCCUGUACAGGAAUUCCAUCUAUCCGACAUCAGAGCCACUCCAGCUCUCUAAUUGGUGUCCUGGUGUAGAGGCACCGCCAGCGUGUUCCUCAAAGACUGUGAUGAGAUGGCCGUUGGUUCCAAUGUUAUGCACUCAGGAUGUCUUAUUGAGCACAGGCGCUAGAUCGGGCGCCUCCUGUCCCCUGACUUUUGUCGACGACCACCCUUAUGCCCCUGAUAAUUCCCCUUUUCCCUCCGUCAGAUUGUCGGCAGGAUCUUAUAUUGACAUCCGCCUAUCCAGUAUACUCAGUAACUCAGAUUACGGAUUCUCCGCCUUCGUAAAUCCUGAUACUAACAAUCAUAGCUGCAUCCUACACUACAAGUCGGACGACGGCCUUUUCAAUAUGAAGUUCCUCUCCGGAAUUUCUGAAACUCGGGCGACCGUUAGUACAGGUGAAAAUCUUACUGUUACCCAUUAUUCUCUACAGCUGGGACAAUGGCAGAAAAUCGGUAUCGGAGUUGACGAAUCUCAGCGUAAAAUCCGGCUUUCUGUUGAUAUUUCCGUUUUUGAUGACGAUGACAAUGCUGAGAAGGUCACUUCUGAUGCUGCUACCGGUUCUCUUACACUGCACACCCCGGGGACAUUGAGAGUGGGAGGGUCGUUUGACGGAGAAACAUACAGUGGUUUGGUUUCCUGUGUAAGCCUUAUCGCGGAUAAAAAAUUGGAUUGUUCUUCAGGUUGUUAUCAAUAUGGAACUUGGUCUGGAG